UAACAAGUUGAUUCCCGGUUCCCGCGUCUUUAGUAUUGUUCUAUCACAUUAGACUAUAUUUUCCAAUGGUCUUUUGUAUUUUUAAUUGCUCAUUUGUUAUUAUUCUCACUCUUCUAUGAUCGAUUUCAACAUUCCACUGUCUUGUUUUCAAUUUGUAAAUUUUUCCAUCAACAUCAACAAGUUCCUAAUAAAUGUGCCUUGUAAGUCAACAAUAAUAUUAUAGGUUAUCCUAAGAAGAAACUUCUGUACCUAUUGUGAACAGAAUUGUGUAUCAACGAAGAAGAAACGUUUUAGCAAAAUGAAGACGCCAAAAGACGAAGAUACUGUUGACCUGACUGGAUCUUCCAAGAAAAUGAAACAAGCCCGUCUUCCGUUCAAGCUGCUCACGCCUAAGCUAGCCGAUGCAAAGAAUAAUGGAGAAAUUAGUGACAAAGAUAAAGCACAGAGGGAUAAGUCGACUGACGACCAAGGGGCGGCCAAAGAGAACGCAAAAACCGAAGAAGUCAUUGUUCUGGAGGACAGUGUUGAAAUGACCGAACAGUUCAACGAGAAGAGUGAGACGGAAAAUUCCAAAAUUCGAAACUGUUCCAGGAAGCGAUCAAUCUCAGUUUCGCCAAAUAAGAAAGUAGCAGCUAGAAAGAAACAGAAAACGACGAAAUCGGAAGCCACAACGGUGAAAAGUGAAUCAGCAACAGAGAAAGAAGAUGCAGAUCAAAAGACUGAAUGUGAAGCAGACAAGUUGGAAUCACCAAAAAAGAAGACACUGAAAAGAAGUGCAGCGUCACUUCUAGAUUCAGACACGACAAAAAGUCCAAGUAAAACGGAUUGUGAGAAGAGAGAAUCGCCGCGGAAGAAGAGGGUCAAAGAAGAGGAUGAAAAUGCAGAAUCACUCCUAGAUUCAGACACGACGAAAAGUCCAAGUAAAACGGAUAGUGUGAAGAGAGAAUCGCCGCGGAAGAAGAGGGUCAAAGAAGAGAAGGAUAAUGUGAAGCAGGAAGAUGAAAGCCCCAGUAAACGGCAGAGUUCAAGACUACAGUCAUCGAUAAAAAAUAUCGAUAAUAAGGGAAAGUCGAUACUUCCUACAUCGACCGAAAAAAAUUCGGAUAACGAUGAAGAGAACGAUGGGAAAAAGAGGACCAGUGAGAUCACACCUCGAAGAAGCGGGAGACAGGCCGAAGAGGAAGUGAGGAAGGAGAAGAGUGGUGAAACAACGCCUCAAGAUGAGAGUUCGAAAAGUAGGACACCAGCAAGCGCCUCUAAAACGCCAAAAACUCGGAAACUCACGCCCAACCAGCUGGAAAAGCAAAAGGAAUCAGCUAAGAAGAAAGCGGAAAGAGAACAAAAGUUAUUGGAAAAAGAACGCCUCAAAAAGGAAAAGGAGGACCAGAUGAAUAAGUUGAAGGAAGAAAAGCUGAAAAUGAAACAAGACAAAGAAGAGCAGAAGAAGAGAGAGAAGGAGGAGAAAGAAGAAUUGAGGAAGAAAGAGAAGGAGGAGAAAGAAGAAUUGAGGAAGAAAGAGAAGGACGAGAAGGAAAGGAAGAGACUAGCUGAAAUCGAACAAAAGAAUGAAGCAAAACGACUGAAAGAGGAGGAGAAGAAGAAGCAGAACGAAGCAAGGGAGGAGGAGAGGAGGAAGCGUGACGAAGCGAAGGAGGAGGAGAAACGGAAGAAGGACGCUGAGAAGCGCAAAGCGGCGGAAGCGUUUGCCAGCUUCUUCAAGCCCAAGGAAUCGUCGACUCCAGCUGAGGAAACCGAUGUUGAAAUGGAAGUCGACGGCGUGGAGAAGUUCAUGCCUUUCGAGGUUAAAGGUGACAUGCGCCUGAGCUCGAUGUGUCGACGCAGCCUGGACGAGGCGAGCAAGUCGACACUGGACAGUCAGCUGGCCAGUCAGAGUGAGGCCAGCAGUCAGCUGUACAUAGACCGGCUCAAGUCGAAGCGGCACACCCCCAUGACUAGUGAGAGGACCUGGCCGCGAGCCGACGAGAGCGAUGACGAAGUCAUCAUAAUUGAGGCCGAAGUGAAUGAAGAGAAUGGACAUGAGAACACCAGCAAAGAAGUUCACAAAGAGAAGAAAGCAAAACGCUUUAAAGCAAAACUUCUGCAGUUUGAUGAGAAUAGACGACCCCCCUAUUGGGGAACAUGGCGAAAGAAAAGUGCCACAAUUGGAGCUCGGCGACCUUUCAAUUUGGAUAAGACAAUAUUCGAGUAUGAUGUGGAUUCUGACGACGAAUGGGAAGAAGAGGAACCAGGAGAGAGUCUGAGAGGAUCGGAUGACGAAAAUGAAAAGGAAUCAGAGGAUGAAUAUGAAGUGGAUAAUAAGGUGUUCGUUCCUCACGGCUACCUGAGUGACGAGGAAAUGCAGGAGGAUGACUUGGAGGAUUGCUCGAGAGAGGCGCAAAAAGCCAAACUGCACCUGCUCGAAAUCGAAUUUCAGGCCGAAAUGAACCAGAAAACUGAAAAGCUCAAGCCGCGUUUGAUUGGUUGUGUAUGGUUCGCUAACUCCGUUUCCGAUCCUUCAACAGUGGGUAGUCGUAUAGCAGAGAUGUUGCUGAGCAGACGUAUGGUACUAUUCGGGUUGGAGAGCGAUCUGCCAAUAGAGCCCAACCGUCGCCAAUCACCGGCCGAGUCUACGUCAUCAUCGCCGGUCACCUCGCCAUUGCACGAAAACACAAUUGGUCGCAAGUCCAAGUUCCCCGAAUCAGCAAUUCCUAUGCUAGUGAAGUUAGUUCACGGCAAUCAGAACAAGCUGAGCUUCCUGGUGCGCGAGUUCAGCAGCUACCUGACCAGGGAGUGUCAGUCGACCCUGGACGUGCCCUCCAUGACGGCCAUCCGCCACAAGAUACGCCACCUCGCCAAGUGGAUGCCCUUUCUCGCGCAGGACAGUGCCACUUGUCCGCUGGCCGGCAAAAUGUGCUGGUACGUAGGGAAGGACAUACGUGAGAAGUAUGCGGUACUACUGAACGACAGUGACCUGAUCAGCGAUGCAUGGAGCUACAUUCUGCCGGCGCCGAAAAAGAGUGCUCUUGCUCUUGGCGUCGAAGUGACUCCGGUCAUCGAUCUGCAAUCACCCAAGUCGGCCUCAAUCACCAAGUUCACCAAGAAAAUGACCGAGCAAGAACGCAAGAAACAGUUAUUGCAAGUGACGUAUGAUAGCGGGAAUGCUGCCAGCAAGAAGCCAACACCUUGCAAAACUGCCAACCUGCUUGCAACAUUCGUCGGUUUGAAGGACACUCCAUCUGUAUCAGAUCAACCUCCCUCACAACCAAACCACAAUUCAACGAAGAAAUGCGCUACAGAUGAAAAUGCACAGACAAAACCUCUCGUCAAAAAGAGAGUUCAGCUGACCACUUUAAGAACAUUCGGGGUGAACAGUAUUACAAAGGAGUCGUCAUCAGUUGUUGAAAAAUGUGAUAAACUUACAACCGAGCUCCAGGAGCGCACCCCAAAAUCCUCCAAAAUCACUGAUCUGCUGAAUGUGUCCAGAACACCAGAUGAGCCUUUUCUGGGCUUUGAAGCUGUUGACGUAGAAAAGAGUCCCCGUGUAGAAGUAAGAGCCUUCAAUUCAGAAAAUGCAGAAGAAGCUCCCAAAGUAGAAAGUGCAGAGGAAGCUCCCAAAGUAGAAAGUGCAGCUCCAUCAUCGAAAACUCCCAGAAGUGAAUCAAGAGCAUCUAAAUCAAUAGCAAGUUUCUUCACAAAAGGAGGAUCCAACAAAAUGUCGGCCAAGAAAUUGUUUGAUGGUAAACAGGGAACAGCAGAUGUUUGUACUGAAAAAAAGCAUGCUGACCCAGCGCGGAAAGAUGGUUGCCAGGUUAAGAAUGGCACUGCAACCUCUUCCAAAGAUUUCAAUAAUGAAAAAUCAACUGAUGGUGACUCAGCAGAAGUUGCUAACAAUUCAGUUCCUUGUGACAAUUGUGUGGACCUGACGUCUCAACAGACCCCUGCCAAAAAGCGAGUAAAAGUGACAACAAUUUCACCUCCUAAAUGGCGAGUUAAACUUGCAAAACCCCCUCCACCCACUACUCACGACAAAGAUGAUGAUGAUGAUGAUGUUAUUCUCAUUGAAUGAACCUAUCUUAUCAGUGUAAAUAGACUUGAAUAUUGUGCAUAGACAUAUAAGAAAAUCAAUAUUAAUGAAUGACUUAUAGUAGUUUAAGAGCUCGUCUUUUACGGGGAAAUUCUAAAUUACAUUUUGAAUAAAAUUUAAUAAACUGUAUUUUAAA